AUGAGCCGCACGGCGCAGUGCAAGAUCUCGGGCCACGCGCCGGCCGCGCGCAUCUUGCGCCGGGUGCGGGAGGACGCCACGGACAUGGCGCUGCUGGUCACGUCGACGCCCGCGGACAGCUGGAGGUUCGUGGAGGAGAGCAACAACUGCCGCCUCUACGAGCUCACGGGCGACGCGCUGCCGAGCUGUAUCAGCACUGUGGAGACGUUCGGCGCUGGCGGGGGCGGCCACCCGUCUGAGUUCUACAUGGUGCGCGCGAUCACGACGCUGGACGCCGACGUGGACGAGCUGCUGAGCUUCUUCAAGACGUCGCAUACCAGGGCGUUCCUGGACAACGGCGUCACGCUGGACAAACUCACGUGCACCACGCCACCGGCGUCGGCUCAGGACCACGACGGGGUCUGGAGCAGCUACUCGGUGGACGACGCGUACGCCGCCAACUGGCUCACGCUGCGUUCGCUGAACAAACUCGUCGGCGUGGACUCGUGCCACGACUUCACCAUGAUGUGUUACCAGGACGUCUUCGAGCGCCACCCGGACAAGUCCGUGGAGCGACUCGGACUGCGCAACGGUCGACGAGCAGUGCACGACGUGAUGGCCUCACGCUCGCUCAUAGGUGUACACACCUUCUCAAGUAUGAACUUCUCCGACAUCCCAGAGCUGCCCAAGUCCUCCAAGACGGAGCGACUGCAUUUCCGUAACUCGGGUGUGGUGAUCGAGACGACCAACGACCCCGACAGUGUUCGCGUGAGUUUGUUCCUAUCACUCAUGCCCAACAAGCAGAUUCUAAAGACGGUGGCGGCUAGUCCGCGGAUCCGAGCAACGCAGACACACGGCAGCUCAUUGUUGAAGAAGUACGUCAAGUGGCUGCAAAGUCUGGCGGCUUGUCUGGGCAAUCUGACGGAAGCGGAGAAGCCUGGCGUGACGAUUGAAAGACUCACGAAGAUGGAGUGGGUGGAGAGCGAUCACUGUUUUCUCUGCCUGAAGACGUUCAGAACGCUAACGAUGCGGCGCUGCCAUCACUGUCGGUUCUGCGGCGAGGCCGUGUGCAGUUCGUGCUCUGGUUUCAUCGACAUGUCGGCUUUUGACGUUUCUUACAUUGAACGAGAUGGAGUCGACGGUGGAAGUCGUCACAGUCGAGAGGAGGCUGCAGAAACUCGAGGCUGCGCCACUUGUAUCGCCGAGCUUCAAAUGAACCUGUCUCCGACGAUCCACAAACAUGAAAUCUUCGGAUGA